UUUCUUCCUCUCUGUUGUUGUGUUGCUGUCACCGGUUUGUGUAACAGCCGUGAACGGUUUAACGGGCUCGCGCUAUAGCCUCGCGCUCUCACAAACUGAAAUGGCACUUCCUCUCUAAAGCUAAACGUCAAAGCACUUAAGAGUGGAUACAAAUUCGUAGUGUGCGUUUGCACCUGAAGUUGAGAAAAUGACCGCCGACGCCUGGUUUCGACGUUGUUCGGCGUGUGGUUUCAACAGAGGGGGUGAGUGCAGAGACCAGCUCGCUGGGGGUUAUAAGUGCGUAGUGUUGCUUUUUAUUUAAUGCAAAGCGCAUGUUUGUUGAUUGGUGUGCUUAUGCACCUGCUACAUUUUUUGGGGAGGGGGGUUGAUAUUUACGCUGCGAACUGACUGAUGGUUUGUUCCUCAGGGGGGUACAGUAUUAAUCCAGUCAUGAUGAAAGUCGGCAACAAGACGACUCUGGACUUAAACUGAAGAGAGAGAACGAGACGGAGGCUCAUCUGACAUCCCCGACACACACAUUUCCUACUGGUCUAGCUGGUCAAUGCCGGGCCCGUCGUGGACAUCUGGUGGCGGCAGCAGCAGCAGUAGUGUGUAUGUGAGCGUCGUCCCCGGCGCCUAGCUCAUGUCCAGCCCAUAAUGCCGUCGUCCACACGGAAAGGAGUGCCGAAGGACCCCGAGCUGGCCGACCUCUUCUUCAAAGAUGACCCCGAGGAUGUCUUCUGUGACCUGCACGAGAUCGGACAUGGCAGCUUCGGGGCCGUCUACUUCGCACGUAACUCCUACUCCAACGAGGUGGUGGCCAUCAAAAAGAUGUCCUAUAAUGGCAAGCAGACUACCGAAAAGUGGCAGGACAUCAUUAAGGAGGUCAAGUUUUUGGGACAGCUGCGACACCCGAACACAAUUGAGUACAAAGGCUGCUACUUGAAAGACAACACUGCCUGGCUGGUGAUGGAGUACUGCCUGGGCUCCGCAUCAGAUUUACUAGAGGUUCACAAGAAACCACUGCAAGAGAUGGAAAUUGCUGCCAUUACCCAUGGUGCCUUGCUAGGACUGGCUUACCUACAUUCCCAUAACAUGAUUCACAGAGAUGUGAAAGCUGGUAACAUCCUGCUGACGGAGCUGGGUCAGGUCAAACUGGCUGACUUCGGCUCUGCCUCCAUUGCCUCACCUGCCAACUCCUUUGUGGGAACACCUUACUGGAUGGCCCCAGAAGUGAUCCUAGCCAUGGACGAGGGUCAGUACGAGGGGAAAGUGGACAUCUGGUCCCUGGGGAUCACCUGUAUUGAACUGGCGGAGCGCAAACCACCCUUGUUCAACAUGAAUGCCAUGAGUGCCUUAUAUCACAUCGCACAGAACGACUCUCCCACGCUACAGUCCAAUGAGUGGUCUGACCCCUUCCGGAGCUUUAUCGACUACUGCCUACUGAAAAUUCCUCAGGACAGACCCUCCUCGGGGGAGCUGCUACGACAUGAUUUUGUGCGUCGGGAACGCUCGCCGCGCAUUCUCCUCGACCUCAUCCAGAGGACCAAGGAUGCGGUGCGCGAGCUGGACAACCUGCAGUACCGCAAGAUGAAGAAGAUCCUCUACCAGGAGAAACACAACGGACCAAUGGGAGAGAGCCAGGAGGAGGAGGAGGACAGCGAGGCAGCCAGCUGUAAGAUGAACAGCCUGGGAAGCAACCACUCCAUCCCCAGCACCUCGGUCAGCACGGGCAGCCAGAGCAGCAGCGUGAACAGCAUGCAGGAGGUGCUGGACGACAGCUGCUCCGACAUGACCCUGAUGCACCCCCAGGACUAUAGCAGCACCCUGGAGUCCUCCCCACACACCAAGAAGGACCAUCAGUACAACUGGGACGAUGGGAUCCACAGGGACCACCUGCAAGGGCUGAGGCCGUCCUCCUCCGACAAGAGCAGCCAGGCCCAAAACUACAAGAACCAGGGCCGCUUUGCCACCAUAAAAUCGGCCUCACUGGUGACCAAGCAGAUCCACGAGCAUGAGCAGGAGAGCGAGCUGCGGGAGCAGAUGUCGGGCUACAAGCGCAUGCGGCGGCAGCACCAGAAGCAGCUGAUCGCCCUGGAGAACAAGCUGAAGGCCGAGAUGGACGAACACCGGCUCAAGCUGCAGAAGGAGGUGGAGACGCAGGCCAACAACGCCUACAUCGAGCUGGAGAAGCUGGCCAAGCGCCACGCCGUGCAUUCUGAGAAGGAGAUGAAGACAGCGUUGACAGAUGAGAGGAAGUUCCAGCAGCAGAUCGUGGCCCAGCAGAAGAAGGAGCUGACCACCUUUCUGGAUAAUCAAAAGAAGCAGUACAAACUCUGCAAGGAGAAGAUUAAGGAGGAGAUGAACGAGGACCACAGCACACCCAAGAAGGAGAAGCAGGAGCGUCUGUCCAAGCACAAGGAGAACAUGCAGCAUUCCCAGGCCGAGGAGGAGGCCCUCCUCCUGGCCCAGCAGAGAGUCUUCUACGACAGGAACUGCCGCGCCUUCAAGCGCAAGGUCAUGAUAAAGAGGCACGACUUGGAGCAGGAGCAGAUCCGAGAGGAGCUGAACAAGAAGAAGACCCAGAAAGAGAUGGAGCAUGCCAUGCUGAUCCGCCACGACGAGUCCAUGCAGGAACUGGAGUUCAGGCAGCUGAAGAUCCUGCAGAAGCUGCGGAUGGACCUGAUCCGCCUGCAGCACCAGACAGAGCUGGAGAACCAGAUCGAGUACAACAACCGGCGUGAGCGUGAACUCCACCGUAAACACGUGCUGGAGCUCCGGCAGCAGCCCAAGAACCUCAAAGCCUUGGAGCUGCAGAUCAAGAAGCAGUUCCAGGACACAUGUAAGGUGCAGACCAAGCAGUACAAGGCCCUGCGCCACCACCAGAUGGAAGUUACGCCCAAGGCCGAGCACAAGACGGUGCUCAAGGCCCUGAAGGAUGAGCAGACGCGCAAGCUGGCCAUCCUGGCUGAGCAAUACGAGCAGAGCAUCAACGAGAUGAUGGCCUCGCAGGCGCUGCGUCUGGACGAGGCCCAGGAAGCCGAGUGCCAGGCCCUGAGGCAGCAGCUGCAGCAGGAGAUGGAGCUGCUCAAUGCCUACCAGAGCAAGAUCAAGAUGCAGACCGAGGCGCAGCACGAGCGCGAGCAGCAGAAGCUGGAGCAGAAGGUGUCGCUGCGACGGGCUCACCUGGAGCAAAAGAUUGAAGAGGAGCUGGUUUCCAUUCAGAAGGAGCGGACCGACCGCAUCAAGCACCUGCUGGAGCGCCAGGAGCGGGAGAUCGACAGCUACGACAUGGAGAGCAUGCGGCUGGGCUUCGGCAACCUGGGCACCCUGGACCUCCCCAAGGACGACUACAGAUGAGGGUCUCUCGUGGUCCCCCCGGGGGCGUCCCGUCUGCCUCCGUGCACCCCUCCUCUCCUUUUACCUGGAGGUGUUCACUGCUGCUGGAUCCCACAGUCAAACACAAAAAAGAAGAAGAAGAAAAAACAAAACCAGCUCCAGAAUCAGCUCCCGUGUGUUUUCUGGGCCGGUCAGACAGAGUCCACGGCAGGUUUUAGUGCCCCCCCCUCCUCCACCACGACCACCAAACCCAUCUGGACUUCCUCCCCCUCCUUGCCUCUCACGGUGUCACAAGAUGGCAACCAAAAAAAACCCCAAUAUGCUGGGUAACUUCCUGUAGUUGUCAUGUUUUUGUAAGAAUAAUGAUAACAUAGUCACAGUGUUUCUUGUGCAAUGAUGACACUUGUGUUGUUGGCAGAUGGGAGAAGGAGGGAGAGCAAACAGAGGGCAGUUGGAUGAGACCGUGAAUCUCUAGAGGUGAUUACUUUUUGGGUUCGGGGGGGGGGGGGGGUUGUCUCGAGCGAUAAAUCAAACAGCUGAUCCUUCUGCAGCCGAUAGUCUGAGCGGCAUCUUUCAACACUUUUUGGUAUUUAUUCAUCAGGACAUUUUUAUGGAAAAUUUAAAUAAUUUGAUACUUUGAGACACAAAUAUCAUGUACAUACAGGUACGCAUACAAUAAAGGUGAAUUUGAUUACCGAGGGAGGGCGAAUCACGGUACUUGUACUGAUUUCUCUGCACUGGCAGCCAAUGUGAAUAAUACAUGUGAAGUCCACCUCCAGACUAGCACAAAGGGCUUCAUGGGGGGGGGCGGGGGGGGGGGGGGGGGGGACUUGUACUUUGUGUAUAGAAGGAUUUAUGGAGAGCUUUUACUUAUUUUCGUAUUGUAUUUUAACUGUCACUCAAAUCAAAAAAGAAUUUUUAAAGGCGCUUUUUUCCUCUCCCCCCUCCUCAGAUAGUAUUUGAGGUUCAGUCAUGUUUCAAUGGGGUUUUCAUCUGAUUUUUUUUUUUUUUUUUUUUUUUGGCUUUACACAACUCCCAAGCUGUGUAUUUUCUUAUAAACCAGACCAGUAUGAUGCUUUAUUAUUGCAUGCACUUUCAUUAUUUUUUUUUUCCAGGUUAAAAGAAAGCAUGAAUCUGUCAGAGCUUUUAAUUAUAUUUGUAAAUAAAGUGCUCAUCACACAAA